CACACUCCCUGCACCCCACUCUGACGGUACGGCUAUCGGUAGCUGAAGACGACGCUAUAUAUAAUUCGCUAGCCUGUACACAAGCUGUGCGCACUUUGAGCCGCCCCCCACCCAGUACACAUCCACCUGGCGCAAUCAUGGGUGUCGCAAAGAAGACUCGCAAGUUUGCGACCACCAAAAGAAUUGUUGGUCAACGCGAUGCAAGAUUGAAGAAGAACCAGAUGGCUGGUGAAAUAGAAGCCAAGAAGAAGGAAGAAGAGAACAAGGCGAAGCGCGAAAUCCCACAAGUCUCCUCCGCCCUCUUCUUCCAAGCCAACACCGCCCUCGGCCCUCCAUACUCCGUCCUCGUAGACACCAACUUCCUCUCCCACACCGUCCAUGCCAAGCUUGAGCUGGACAAAGCCCUUAUGGACCUGCUCUACGCCAAAGCCACGCCCAUCAUCACCACGUGCGUCAUGGCUGAGCUGGAGAAACUCGGCCCCAAAUACCGCAUUGCCCUGCGCAUUGCCCGUGACGAGCGCUGGCAGCGCCUCAAGUGCGACCACAAGGGAACAUAUGCCGAUGACUGCAUUGUCGAUCGCGUGCAAAAGCAUAGGAUUUAUCUUGUUGCGACGAACGACAGAGAUCUCAAGAGGAGGAUAAGGAAGAUUCCUGGUGUGCCGAUUGUUAGUGUCGCAAAGGGCAAGUAUGUUAUAGAGAGGUUGCCCGAUGUGCCGGAUAGCCAUUGAAGUGUGUGAAUCAAUUUAAGGUUUGAGAGGACAUGGAAAAAAGUUAUUGAAGGAGACUUGAGAUUCUAUGCAUAGCGCAAGGCGUUCAGGAAUUGGAUUUUUCAAACAUCAGAAAGGUUGCAUCGAAACAAACGUGAUAGAAAGGAGGGUCUUCGAGCUCUGUCGAACAAGCUCUGCUGCCUCUCUACUGCAUACGUACUAACUGAAAAAAUGACACAAGUAGAUUGAAUACAAAAAACGUUUUACAU